GAAUCAUGAGCGAAUCAACAGUUGAAGGUGGCGUUAUAGACGAUUUGAGAAAGUUAACUACAAUCGAUGAUAGCUGCCCUAGUUGUCGUGCAGUCGGCUCAAUUAUCCCUUUAACCCUGUCUGCUUAUAUAAUGUAUGCGUGUAAAGAUCAAGCCUCCAAGUAUGCUGGUGUAAAAAAAGCGUCAUAUUUGACUCUAUGCACUAGUAUGUCAUUGGGUUUAUUGUACCUUGGAGGGAGUCAGUUGUUCUCUCGGUUGAAUGAAAAACUAUCAAUGAAAGCCUCAUAGAUGAAUCUAUAUAACAUUUCGUCUUUUGUAAUGUUAUUUUACUUCGAAAAAAGCGUAGUUUCGUUAUUCAACAUUAUUUUUGUUAAAAUUAACCACGUUACGUAAUUUUUUUGAGUAAGUGUAUCCAUUAUUAUCAUACGAGACUUUCGAUUAAUAUAACUGUCACAUAUAUCUAGAUGAAUAUUUGUCAAUAUUUGAACGCCUAGUGUUAUGGUCCAUGUCUAGACAGAAUGCAGUUUAUGUCGUAAUAGAUCAUGCAGAGUAACGUAACUGAGGAGAGUUGGUACAGGGAAAAUAGAAGAAAAGGUAUGCUGACGAUCCUUUGAGCGCAUAAAAUGUAUUUACGUCUAAUAAGAAAACCAUAGGCAACAAUCAUUAAUAACACAAAACUCAGAUUAAGAAAAUCUAGAAAUCGAAACUAGGACAGAUAAUUUAUACAAAUAUUGGUCAAUAUUUGAACGAAUAGUUUGAUAUAAUUUGAGUGUCAAGCAUAGACAAGGUAUUAUUUAUGUAAAUUAUAUUUUAAUUUAUCACAGCCAUUGAAAUUUAAAUUAUUCCAACUGAUCGUCCAGAAAGCUUGUUUGAACUAAGAACUAAGUAAUAAAAAAAUCGAAAUUAUCAAGGACUAAAUGAAGUUUUCAAGAUGAAAAGUUUAUCCAAUCAUCUCAUAAGAUAUGAAAUAUGUGAAACAGAAUGGAUGUACUUGCGUAUGUGCCUUUAUGUUGUGAAUAAAUAAAAUCUCUACCUACCAUCAUAGUCAUGUUAAUUGUUUUUGUUUAUUAUAAAUUAACAGUACAAAUGAAAAAUUUAAAUCAUUAAAGUUUAUGUAGAAUGAGAAAAUUUAAUUGAGUAGUUGUAAUGUUUAACAUUUAAAAAUAUUUUCUUUGUUUAAAACAAAUUACUAAUAAUAUAAAUUGAGUAGAUAAUAAUCAAGUUCGGUUAUUCGUUAAUUAGCAUUUGACAAUCGGUAACUAAUUGAAUUACAUCUUAUAUAUUUAGGCUGUUUUGAUUAGUCUACAUUUACAGUGAUUCUGCAGUUAUUCUUCUUUCUGUAUGUCAAACCCUUCCUGUAGUAUUUUGACUACUUUAAAGUUGAUUUUGUGUCCUGUUGCUAAUGGAUGAAUUUCUAUUGCUGAUCUAUUCUCAAGCUUAUCGAGGUCAACUGGACAUCGGAGAACAUGUUUCGAAUAUUGUCCGUGUUUUUUAAACUGUAUGCUCCGUUGCCUAUAUGUUUCUCCCUCAUAUGCUACAUCGCAUUCAUGAAAAUUGAUCUCAUGUACAAGAUCUUAUUGUUCUUACUUUGGUGACAUCUUUAACUUCGAUAAACACCGACCUUAUGGUAUCACUAGUCCGCAAACAAACUUUUAUUACGAGUAUGUCGGUAUAGAGAUUGUUGAAUUUCAUUGAAAUCAUGAACCGAUCUAAGUUAGACCACAACUGAAGACACGGAAGCAUAGAAUAAUUCAGUAGUGUGCAUCCACGAUCCCGCUCGUAGGAAUCGGACAAAGGAAGUCUGAUCUCGCGCGCGAACGGUUUACCUGUAGACAACUAAGCUGAUAAACAACGGUGUUAUUAUCUAACUUUAAUCAGUCCAGGAUACUGCGCGACCAUCUCCCAAUGUCUUCAGUGGGUAACUGCUUCACAUCUGACACGGUUUGGCUCCACCGGUCACGGCUUCUCUCUAUUAAUUCGGAGAUUUCCUCUCUAUAUUAGUCACUAGUGAGCACAUGAUGAUUUUCAAUAUUGGGUUGUGGAUAUUGUUAAAUUUCGUUGUAUUAAGGCUAUUGAGAUGUUUCGACGAGACUAUAAUUUAUUGACGAACCAAUCAGACAUAAGAUAACGAGUCUUGAGUUUUGGUGCAUAACUCACACAUGCAUAUGGUUAAAUAGCGUUUUGGCAUUAUAGUCGAUGUCAGUUCGUGAUGAAAACCCCAAAUUUCAUUCCUUAUCAUAAUUCUAAGAAGCGCAUGAUUAUUCCAAGUUUGGAUAUACUGUUGACAUUAUGUAUGCGGUUUGACAAGAAUGCUGAGGUAAUAUUAAGCUCUUUAGUAUCUUUUUGCAGUUUGAUAUUCUACAACCUAGUCAGGGAAGUGAUCAUAAAGUCUCAGUGUAGCCUAGUGAUAUCUUCAUUCUCACAUAAAGAAAGCUGCGUAGAUGUUGAGAUGUAAUAUUAGACGCAAUUUAUAGAUCUUCACAAGAGUUGGCUGGCUAACGAUUACGAUGAAUAAUCCCAAACACUGACUUAUUAUUUUAUAGGGAGGGACAAACUGAUCAUCCAAUUGCCAAUGAGCGAUCAUUCUAAUCUAUAUAUUCUCUAAAGCCGUAUGAUAUGAGAGUAUUUUGUGCAUUUGCAGUAUUGAAUAUAAGGAAGCCAGUAACGUUUGUAUUCCAAUACGGUACUGAGUUCUUGGUGCUAUGUUUUCUUCAAUAUAGGCGUUUUCAGGCGCCUCAUUUAUUCUUUUUUGCUGCGGUUUUAUCCGCUUGCUCUAACAAUCACUUUGCGAAUGUAGUAUGUUUCCCAAAUGCGAUGUUGAUACUCGAUUUUAGGUAGUACUAAGUACACUACUGUAUGAAAUUUCAGUAGUCUGACGUCGAAAAUUCACACAAAAUUCCCCCGAAACCUUCAAGUAGUGCCAUUAACUGGAUGUUCUUUCCUUUAUGCAUCGAGGAUUUGUUGUCUUCAGUGAAUACGUUUGCUCCUAAACUGGUUUUUAAAGUGAAAAUUAUUGUUAGUUUUUCGUGGUUUGUUUGUAACUCACCGCUUUGAGAACUUACGCACUGGAUUACUAGGUGGAGCAUAUUCUGUAUAAGCAACAGAGUAGCAUCAUUCAGAAUCUCAUACUAAGUGUGAUUUAUCUCCC